AUGGUUUAUGCGCAAAGCAAUGCUGGCAAAGAUGCCAAAGACACGCGACUACUCCAUAUGGCCAGUGCCCGCGCCGUCCAGCACAUGCCUGACAUUCUGCGCAUCGCCCAGGCUUCCCAGGACUUCAUCACACGAGCCUUUUCUGCCGCGUUUGAACAUGUUCCCGCAACGCUGCUGUGGCUGCGCCAAGGGACCUCGUCUGAUUUUCAUGCGCUAGACGGGCAGCGUCGUUUGUACAGCAUCAACUUGCUCAACGGCAUCGUCCUGCUGGAUGGCUAUCCACCUCGCCUGCUCCCACACACAGUCACUGAGCAUCCUCUCUUCCAGCGCAGCUUUGGCGAGGCUGCAUUUGAAGUCAGCCUGGAUGCGUGUGGCACGUUUUGCACGUCUCGGCCAGUAGAUGGAUACUUCUACAAAUUCAAGGAAGUCUCUGGAAGCUUGCUGAUCACUGAGAUGCACGAAGGCCGCUCGCUUCGAUUGCUGGAGCCGAAGUCGUUCGGCUCGUUCCCGCAGCGCUUGGUCGAUUUGCACAGUCACUGGGAGGAUCAGGAGACUGCUGCAAUAGUCUUUCGACCAGUGCACUUCCGCAGGAAGGAAAUCCACUUCAUUCAAACCAGGGACGAGGAAUGCUGCCAAAUUCCGGAGCAUCUGAUGGAGCGCAACGUGGACAAUUUGCUUCAACAUCCGGACGUGGUGUAUCAGCUUGUCGGGCUGAAGGCGCAGGUGGUGGACGUGCUUAGCAAGUUUGAGCACCCUGACUCUGAGGACUUUAUUCACGCUUACGCGCGGAGGGGUGAUGAGAAUGCACCUGUGGAGAAGCUGGAUCUCCCGCGUGUGAACAUGGCUUUCUCGUUUGAAGGGGGCACCUGGCUGUCCCGCGACUACCGGGGCUACCAGCUUGCAAAGGUUCAGAAGUUGAGUGAUACCUUGGUAGACUUCGACGGUUACCUUGUGCUGGAAAGGAGUGACCCUAAUGAUUUGACAGUGCCAGCUUACAAGAUCAUCCUUCAAGACGCUGAAGUGAAACUGGGGAAGCCCUUGUCGCUCAACAUUGAUUUUGGCAGCGGCUCCAAGAACGAUACGGUCUGUUUCGACGUGCAUGAGCGCUUCGGCCACCUGCAAGCGGAAAGUGUGCAAUCCCGGCUUUUACUUGCCAAUUUGUUUGCUGGGACGGGCUGCGAUGUGCCGGAUCCACGUCUUGGGGUGACCGGCAUGGAAUUUGCACUGGACCUGGUGAGACAAUGCUGGGUGAACCGGCCGCUCACACAGAAGGAGCACUUGCGCUGCUAG